GUGACACAUGUAGAAGCAGCAGCUAACGGGACUCAGAGCAGACCAGAGGACAGUCAGGUUUAGCCUCUUCGCCAGAUUCGUUCUUUUCCAAAAAAAAAAAAAAACAACGCGCUUUUCUUCGGCUUUGGGGAACAUUACGGCAUGUGUAGACCUGUAAAUGUGUCUUGCAAUGGACUCCUUUUGUUCGGGCGAAAAGAGAGCAGUGAAGCAGCAACAGUAAAACGGGAAGCCUCCAGUGGAAAUACUAUCUGAUAACUCCAUUUGCUCGGCGCUCCGCUUGUUGCCAGUGAAAAGACACGAGCUCGACUCCUUGCGCUGAGCUUCGCUGUCACGCGGAGCUGGAGGUCGACCGCGCGUGCGAUACCGUGCCCGCUGUUGGCUGCACUUUUUGGGAGACUCCGGUAGCCUGACGUUGUCCUCUUUACCUGUCCGUCCUUCAAUUCAGCAACUUCACAGCCAUUACUCUCAAAAGAGACAAGCGAGGAACAAUGGUGAAUCCUGGAGGCAACAGCCAGCCGCCACCAGUGGGCACAGGUUCUCUGUCCUGGAAGCGAUGUGCAGGGUGCGGGGGCAAAAUCGCAGACCGUUUCCUUCUUUACACCAUGGACAGCUACUGGCACAGCCGAUGCCUCAAGUGUUCCUGCUGCCAGGCCCAGCUGGGCGAAAUCGGCACAUCGUGCUACACAAAAAGUGGCAUGAUCCUCUGCAGAAACGACUAUAUCAGAUUAUUCGGAAACAGCGGCGCUUGCAGUGCUUGUGGUCAGUCCAUCCCAGCCAGUGAACUGGUGAUGAGGGCGCAGGGCAACGUGUACCAUCUCAAGUGUUUCACAUGUUCCACCUGCCGGAACCGGCUCGUUCCCGGGGACCGGUUCCACUACAUCAACGGCAGUCUGUUCUGCGAACACGACAGACCCACAGCACUCAUCAACGGCCAUUUGAGUUCACUGCAGACGAAUCCACUAUUGCCUGACCAGAAGGUGUGUUAGGUGGAAGCUGUUCCAGAAGCAGGAUGUGUGCCUUCAUUUUAGCCCUUACUCAUUGUCACCCGAGACAGCGUGGAUCAGCAGCACUCCAGCCUUUUACACCCUUUGCCCUAAAGGAAUCCUCCGCCCAUCUUACCAGUAACCUGACUUUAAUAUCUGCAACCCAUACCCUACACUCAGCCUUCUACCUUGGCUUUUCCCCAAGUAUGGGUGGAUACUUGCACUUACCGCACCUCAGUCGGGAUGCUGAGGACUCUAUGACCUUGGAAUUAAAAGACUGGAGACCGAUCAGACUCCAAGGGGACUCUUCAGGAAGACAAAAUUAAAUUACACACAAGAGGAUGUUGUGACUGAAGUGAGCGAAAGAGAAAAAGACUAAUAAGGUUGAAGAGAUGCAGGCUUUUCAACUCUGCAUAAUUUGUUUAAAGACGUUUUGGGGAAAACUGGGACCUUUUAUUUUUUCUUCUCCUUUUCUAUCCUCAUUUCCCAACAACAUGGUGUUUUCACUUUAUAGAUUCUAAGUGUUGUCAAAGGGAAACUUCUUUUAAUCUAUAUAAAGAUA